CAGUUGUGUGGAUGAAGGUUGGUUUUCGAAUUGCGUCUUCAUUCGUGAAAGUCGUCGUCCCUCGGACAUUUCCAAACACCUCGAAUUCCAAUUUCCCUCUUGCAGGUCCUGUUUUCCAUGGCCACGAUGAAUCGAACCGUAGUGUUCAGAAAGCACAGAGAUGCUGUGAACAGCGUUCGAGCUCCGGCGGGGGCCAGCUCCGGCGGUGCCGUGAUCGAAAUGGCGAGUACUUCGCUUUUUCACUCGAAUCGGUCUUCGUAUACUCCUCUUAGCACUGAGGAUCCAGGUCCUUCUAGUAAGGAUGCAUUUACAGUGGGUCUACCUCCAGCUUGGGUAGAUGUUUCUGAAGAAGUAGCUGCAAAUAUACAACGUUCUAGGGUAAAAAUGGCUGAGUUAGUCAAGGCUCAGGCCAAAGCUUUAAUGCCCUCCUUUGAAGAUGGCAAAGAAGAUCAACGUAAGAUUGAGUCUCUCACCCAAGAAAUUACAGAUCUACUGAAGAGGUCAGAAAAGAGAUUACAAAAACUUUCUGCAAGGGGGCCUUCUGAGGAUUCUAAUGUUAGGAAAAAUGUACAGCGUUCUCUUGCUACAGACCUUCAGAACCUCUCAUUGGAGCUCAGAAAGAGACAGUCAACAUAUUUGAAGCGUUUGAGGCAGCAAAAAGAGGGACAUGACGGGGUUGACUUGGAGAUGAACUUGAAUGAAAAUAAAUUCAGAUUGGAUGAUGAUGAAUUUGGUGACAUGGGUUUUAAUGAGCAUCAAAUGGCCAAGCUAAAGAAGAGUGAGAAAUUCACAGCUGAAAGGGAGAAAGAGAUCAGACAGGUGGUGGAAUCUGUGAAUGAGCUUGCUCAAAUCAUGAAAGAUCUCUCAGUCCUUGUGAUAGACCAGGGAACAAUUGUUGAUCGGAUAGACUACAACAUUCAGAGUGUGUCUGCAUCAGUUGAGGAGGGCUUUAAACAGCUUGAAAAGGCAGAAAGAACACAGAGGAAAGGUGGAAUGGUAACAUGUGCAACGAUUCUCGUUAUCAUGUGUUUCAUCAUGCUAGUCCUCCUAAUCUUGAAGGAGAUUUUCUUGUGAUCAUAUUACCAGUCUUUGCUGAGAGCUCAACCUGUUAGUUUCCAUGAUAGCAUGGGAGGAGUUCUAUAGACAAACCCCAGUUAAGAUACCACCACUGCAACCACUUAAGUCUUUAGAAAUUCAUAAACAGGAGCAUUGUAUUGUAAUUCUAUCAGCAGUAGAAUGUUCUGACAGGGCUGAAUUAUAUUUCUGUAAAGGUCCGAAAGUAAUUUUGUGAUGAUACCCUUGUAACAAUUCUUUUAUCCAAAAUUCUCAAAUGAAUAGAAAGUGAAAAAAUGAAUACUAUAAUUUGUAA